CUGCUGCCGCCGCCACUACCGCCGCCGCUCGAUGCGUCGUCGUCGCACCACUGAGUAUCUCAUUUGAUAUGUUAGGGUCGUGUUUGCCGUUGGAGACUGUGACAACUGUCGAAUCGCAUUAUUACGUGCCGUGCAUCUCAUCAUCCAUCGUUCUCGCGACUAGUAGGCGUGUCGUGGUCGGAAAUCGUGACAACCGCGUGAGAGUGCGAAUAUCGCACAAAUAUCUCAUCUCAAAAGAGAGAUAGAUAGAAAAAGAAAAAAAGAGAGAAAAAGAGAGAGAAAGAAAGAGAGGGGGAGAGAGAGAGAGGUUCCGCGACGGGGUGAGUUUCUUUGGUAAGAGAGAGACCUGUUCCAAGCGAGAUCAUGAAAAUGAUCUUUUGGAUUAGUUUUCCCGGUUCUUCCUGUCUUUGAGAUAGACAUUGACGAUAUGGAUGCAAUAUGGCCUUAGUACUUUGGCAUGUCUCUGGAAAUAGUUUUCUUUCACCAAUCUUCGUGUUACUGUUGCUACUGUGUCCGCACAACUCCACAGCCCGCGAGAUAUUUGAUGCACCACUACCACAAGACUACUUUCCAUUACUGCCACCACCACCGGGAGGAUUCACUACUGCCAAAAUACUAAAGUGCGACCAAAAAUUUGUAAGCACUCCUGAUGGACCGCUGAACGGAAGUUUUCAUGCACCGACGUUGAUCAACCCCGAAGGAGAGCCACGUCAAUGCGUUUACACAUUUCUUGCAGGGCCACGUCAGCGUGUCGAAUUGAUUUUCACAUCAUUUGGCCUUCGAGGAAAACCGCCAGAUGGAUCUGCUGUGGGAGAAUUACCAGCCUGUAUUCAUGAAUAUCUGGAUAUUUACUCGGAGAUACGAUCAGAAAACACGACUAAGUUAAUAGAGACACCGUUUGGUGGACGAUUCUGCGGACCAAUUCCACCACGUAGACGGGUCUCUCUUUAUCAAGGAAUUGCUCUCAGUUUCUACACUGACAAGAAUGUCACGUUGCCAAAUAUUUUCAGCGGUAUUUACAGAUUUAUCAACGCCUCCGAGUAUGAAGUUGGCACGCCAGAGCCAAGCACACCGUGUACUUUUACAAUACAUGCGGAAAUCAAACGUAAUGGAAACAUACUGUCUCCCACUUAUCCCGGCACCUAUCCGAAAGAUCUUAUUUGUAGUUAUCAAUUUGUCGGGCAACGUGGACAACGUGUGCGAUUGGAAUUUCGUGACUUUGAUUUGUUCUUUGGGGGACCACAUUGCCCGCUAGAUUAUGUGAAAGUGUAUGAUGGUCCCGAUAAUUCGACCGCUGUUAUCGGCACUUACUGCGGCCAGCAACGAAAUUUAGUAUUAUACUCCUCAGAGAACAGUUUGUUUGUAUUAUUUUCAACAUUAAGACGCACGGCAAAUACGCAAAAUCGAGGAUUUAAAGGCAUUUUUGAGUUCUCAGAGAGUUUUGUCAGCCUAGAUUUCAUAACAGAAUAUCAAGGCGAGCAUAUCCGUGGGUCUGAAUGCGACCAAAAAAUCCUUAGUAAGAAGGAAACAUCGGGAUUCGUAGUUAGUCCUAAUUUUCCAUAUCCUUACUUACCUAAGGUUGUUUGCCGUUACUUCAUCUAUGGCAUGCAGGACUCGCAACAUCUAGAGCGCGUGCGGCUGGAAUUUCAAGUAUUUACAAUACAGAUGCCUAAGGGAGAGACGUCGUGUACCGAUGGCUAUCUAAAAUUAUAUUUAAAAGGUCAAGAAGCAACGGAUUCUUAUGAUAAAUUCGAUUAUGAGAUGUGUGGUAAUAAUAGUAAUCCAAGUCAUAUAGUCAGUGAUGGGCCGAGACUUGUGAUGGUAUUCAGUAGCGGAGAAUUACAGGCACGAGGCUUUAAAGCUAAGUACACUUUUGAAACGGAGUACAAGAUACCGGGUACUGCAGCGCCCAAUGGCAGUUGUAUUUUUACUUAUCGCAGUUCUUCUCGUAAACGUGGCGAAUUUAAUUCACCACGAUAUCCUAGCAAUUAUCCGAGCGAUACGAAUUGCACGUAUUUCUUUUUAGCGACGCCAGAUGAGCAGGUUGCUUUAAUCUUCGAUCACUUUAAAGUUCGCACAAGAAACGAUAAUGUGACAGUUGGAUAUUAUGGAUACGAGCUCUGCCAGGAAGAUUGGCUAGAAAUUUAUAAUAUGUACCGAGACGAUACGGAGAAAUUGAUAGGAAGGUAUUGCGGCGGGACCGCACCGGGCCCAGUAGAAUCAAAUCUCGGUGCUCUUGGAUUAAAAGUGAUCUUACAUUCCGAUUCUGAACUUGUCUACAGUGGCUUCAAAGCGCGUUAUACUUUUGAAAUCGCUAAAUCUAUUUUUGGAGAUUGUGGAGCAAAUAUUAGUAGUCUAAAUUACGGUAUAAUAACUAGUCCAAAUUUCCCAAGCAAUUAUGAUGGACCGGCAAAAAACUUAGCUAGUAAAAGUUGCAACUGGUUUAUAAGAGUUCGACCGGAUCAGCGAAUACUCUUAAACUUUGAAGUCUUCUCCGUAGAAGGUGAUCAAUUAGCACGAGGUUGCCCUGCAGCCGUGUUACGCAUGUGGUAUUCUUCUCCUCGUGAGCUUUGUGGUGUCAAAGAUCCUAAUACUAAAUGGGAUUAUCUUUCGGAAGAUCAUAAUAUGCGACUCAGUUUUAUAUCAGCUGAUAAAGCAGUAGGGCAACAAGGCUUUCGAGUUGUGUGGACCGAAGUGAGCACGAACACAGAUUGCGAGAACCAAUUUCUAUGCAGUAAAAGUAAAUACUGCAUCAACGAGUCGCUACGGUGCAAUAACAUAGAUAAUUGUGGACCUGAUGAUUCGUCGGACGAGGAAAACUGCGUCACCGUCAUACCAGCAGACAGCUAUACGAUGCCGAUAGUCUACGCGAUCGGCAGUAUCUUGGUGAUCAUGAUGCUCUGUCUGAUCUGUCAUCAUAGAUUACGCAGAAGAUCGCGUAAUAUAUCAAUCAAUGACCUUCCACCGCAGCAAAUAGUUGAUGAUCAGCGCCAUUGCUAUCAACAUCAUGACUUGCUACAUCAUCAGCAUCAAAAUCACACAUCAACGCACAGUCUUAACCAAUAUCAAUUAGAACAGUCAAGUCUACCGAGUGAAAGUGACGAAGGCGAGGCAGAAGAACCUGAGCCAUGUUGCGACCAAGAAUCCAGCAGUCCUGAUAGUGUGUGAUACCAAUCAGCCUCUUACUUAUUACGUGUAAAUUGUUAUUAUUGUUGUUACAUACAGCAAAAAAGAAGAGUCGAGGAAAAGUCUCAAAGAAGAAAAUCGGUGCGAUGUUUUAUCAUUAUAUAUGUGUUACAAAACAUUAUAUUGUAA